AUGGGCAUCCAAUAUUGUCUCGACAGCCUCAAACACUCCCUCCGCCAACUCAAGGCCCUCGACAAAGGCGCCCGGAGGUCACAUCGUGUGUCCAUCGAACGGACUGUCAACGAGAUGGCCGGCCAUGCCUUGAUUGUUGUCUUUCCGAUGGUCCAAAAACUUGACGCCCUCUAUCGUGGUCAACCGCUCAAAUUCAACCUCGUCGAUAACUACUCCGCCGCUGUCCAGGACAACCCGACCAGGCUCUACGCCCUGUUCAACAAACGCAUGCUCGGCCCAAGCGGCUUACGACACCACCUCCGCCGCGCCAACGACCGCGAGCUCUUCGACACUUACCGAGCCAUAGGCUGCACAACUUUUACCGACUUUGAGAUCCUCGUUCACCGGGCCGUCACAGGGCUCGAGGUGGAGAUCAAGGAUCUCGAGACCAUGCUUGCCACAGAGAUUGAAGGUAUGGCCGAACAGGACUGGGACUCUGAGAGACGAGCAGUGGAACGAGGGGAAGAUGGAGGUGACGACGAGACCGAGAAUGUGAAAAUGAAUGACGAUGGCGAGCGUGAGGUUGAUUGCGAGGUUGAGAUGGACCUCGUCCAGACAGUCUGA